AGUCUGGAAGGUAAAAGCCGUCUGCACAGUGACUGAUGGGAGAAUUCAUAAAGUGAAACAUUGUCUCCCUGCAGAGAUCGCUUUACAGCCCGUGUCCGCCUCAUUCACGGUUGCUAUUAUGCCCGACUGUGCCUGGGGGAGGACACCGACAGAUGCGUGAGACAAGCGGUCACGGAGAGGACACAUCCCCGGCAGCUCACAUCCAAACACAGGAGGACACAGCGCACACUGGAUCGCGGGUGGGGGGGGGGACAUGGCGUGUGACCGCUACACAGACCGUGUUAGCAGCCUGAAAUGUUAGCUAGUUUAGAUCUGAAGAUACAAACAGCAGUUUGUACACAGGGGAAGCGGCGCAGCCAGAGCCAACCGCAAGCUAAUGCUAGCGUUGUAGCUAACAGGCUAUUUGCUGGUGUGCAGCCAGCUAACUUUAGCCUCUUCGGUAUCUCUGCUCGGGGCCCGGUCCUCUUCUUCUUCUUCUUCCUCCUGGGACCGACGCUUUCAGGAUAAUUCAAGGGUCAUGGAUUUCCCGGGCCACUUUGAGCAGCUCUUCCAGCAGCUGAACUACCAGCGUGUCCAUGGCCAGCUGUGCGAUUGUGUCAUCGUUGUGGGGAGUCGACACUUUAAAGCCCACCGCUCUGUGCUGGCGGCCUGCAGCACUCACUUCAGAGCCCUGUUCACUGUUGCAGAGGGAGAUUCGAGCAUGAAUAUGAUUCAGCUGGACAGCGAGGUGGUGACGGCUGAAGCUUUUGCUGCACUGGUGGACAUGAUGUACACGUCCACACUGAUGCUGGGGGAGAGCAACGUCAUGGAUAUCCUCCUCGCUGCCUCACACCUGCACCUCAACAAUGUAGUGAAAGCCUGUAAACACUACCUGACAACACGUACGCUGCCUAUGUCCUCCUCAUCGGACAGACCCACACAUCACCACCCUCAGCAGGACCAGCAGAGGCGCAGGCAGCAGCAGCAGCAGCAGCAGCAGCAACAGCAACAGCAGCAGCAGCAACAAGCAGAUUUAGCAGUGAACCCUACUCUAGCAGCUAAUGCUAACCUUGCAACAAAUGCUGCCACAACAAAGUUGCAGCGCUCCUUCCUGUUGCAGCAGCUCGGACUCAGCUUGGUGAGCUCUGCUUUGGGUGGGAUAGAGGAGGAUGGGAUGGGAAAUAUAGUUGGCAAUAGAGAGGUAGGACAGAGAGCCUCUUUCCCAAUCCGGCGCUUCCACAAACGCAAGCCCUCCCUAGCACUGAACCUGUCAGAAGAGAGACCCAGGCAGAGGCAGCGCCCCUCAGCCCCUAACCACGGUUUGUUGGGAGAGGAAGGGCUGAACGCAGAGCGGGAGGAAGGAGCACUCCUGUCCCCGGACUCCCACAAGAUGGGGGACGAAUCAAAAUUAGAUGCUGGCCUCGUAGGGAUCUCCCAAGAUGAUCCUCAGAUGCCCAGCCAGUCAGACAGUGGACACUGUGGGGGGGGGAACUUGGGGAGAAUGCAGGGAGGAGUGAGCAAGGAGGAGGAUAUGGAUGACCAUGACCACCAGGACAACAGGUUAGCGGUGAAGAUUAAAUCAGGGACCGAGGAAGAGGAGGCUGAAGAACAAGAACAGAAGGUGGUGGUUAAACGAGAGCCGCUAAGCUCGCCUGAGCCAACGGAUGAAAUCAGUGACGUGACAUCGCAGGCUGAGGGCAGCGACCCGGCCGAGCCUGGAUGUCCAGAGGAAGAGGGGAAGGUGGAGCUGAGCCCAGAGAGCAGCGACCGCAGCUUCACCUCGGAACCCCAACCCAGCUCGGACUCUCUGCUGCAGCCCAGCUCCCAGCUUCUCAUCAAAAGCCACAUGGGAGGAGGCGCCGGAGGUUUUGGAUGUAACAACGGAUCAAAUAGCAAACCUGGUUUCAGUAUUUCUAGCUUCCUUAGCCCAAAGGAUUACGGAAGUGGUGUUGCAGGGUUGGUUACAGGAGAAGAUAACCUGCCCAACACGACAACUGGGGAUGCACAUCACUUCCUGAUGAGACAGGAUGCUGCUGGACCACCUGGCUCUGCUUCUUCUUGUCUUCUGCAGUCCCCACUCAGUGGUGAGAGUCGCAACAGCUUUGGAGACAACUUGCAGCAUGAUUCUCUAUUCCUCCGUCCCCUGCACGACAGUUUGGGGAACCCCAGAGGAGGUGGAGGAAAUAUGAGUGGAGGGCAUGGAGGGUUUGAGCCCUUUGGUUUGGACUUCCAGCGCUCCAGUCUGGGGCUUCACUCUCUAGGGCAACCCUCACGAGGAGCCGGAGGAGCCGGAGGAGCCGCCACUGCUUCUCUGGGCUAUCCAGGAUACAGGCGUAUUGCCCCCAAAAUGUUGUCCGGUAUAGGAGGAGAAGAAGGUGUAGGCGGUGUUCUUCAGGAUUCUGCCUCUUCCUCCUCAAGUCUGGCAAGUCCCCUGCUUCUCAACGAGAGCGGUGGGUAUGACAUGAACAGUGGCAGGCCCACCUCCCUCCCGCCUCAGCUCACCCGUGCUUCAGCGGACGUCCUGUCUAAGUGCAAGAAAGCUCUGUCCGAGCACAAUGUCUUGGUGGUCGAGGGAGCUCGGAAAUACGCCUGUAAAAUCUGUUGCAAAACCUUCCUAACCCUGACUGACUGCAAGAAACACAUCCGUGUCCACACAGGUGAGAAACCCUACGCCUGCCUCAAGUGUGGGAAGCGCUUCAGUCAGUCCUCCCACCUAUACAAGCAUUCCAAGACCACCUGUCUGCGCUGGCAGAACAGCAACAUGUCCAACGGCCUGAUGUAGGAUUGGGAGUCAGAAUAUAAAAGUCCCUAAAAAUAUCUGAAGCUGUGACAGACCAGUCAGAUCAGCUGUUAUGUUCAAACUAACCAGUCCUGAUCACAGACCAAAGACAGGGAUGAUGAUGUAAUCAUCAUUUUUUUUAUUUUGGAGAAACCAGUAAUAUCAAGUCAGUAAAAGUAUCUGUAAAGACAUUUAACCUGAUGGAAGAGUGUAGGGAUGCAGGACAUGUAUGUAUUGCUAUUGACUGAUAGUACCUUUGAUGUAAAUUGUAAUCUCUCCCAUAUGAUUAACAAAAAAGCAAAUGGACUUAGUAUUAUAUGAUCUUGGUCAGCGGUUUUGUGUUUUUAAAAAAAUGUCCAUGUCUGAGUGUUUGUAGAUCAGAGGCAGCUGUGAAUGGACGUCAUGUAAAUUGGUGCAAGACAUAAUUUCUGUAUUUACUAAGAAAGGUCUUCUUUCGUUUACUCAAUGUGCAAAAGGUAGAUAGAGUAAGAGACCAGGAUAAGAACAACAACAGAAAACAAUUCAGCAUUUUAAAACAGCUGCAUUUUUAACCACCUUAGUUAAUAUUUUAACAUGUUUGGUAGCUGGCAAAUAAUUCAGUAUGAAGUAACAGGGCCUUCAAACUUUCCAUGACGACAGGAGUAAAUGUCUUACUUUGAUAAAUAUGUACCUGUGGAUUGCCAGGUCCAAUUUGUGGAGCAAUGGGACCUUUACAUUUUUCUGAUCACAUCUUGCCUCGGUUUACAGCUCAAGCUAUUAACAUUGAAGUCCCUUUGGUUAAGGAAGCAAACAAUUCUGAUGAUUGAACUUGCAGCAUCUUUGCAUUAGCAGCAGGAUCAGUUCUGUGUUUACUGGGCAUUCCAGUCUAAUUUGGAGAAAUGCAUAAUAUGAUAUUGUAUCAUAAUGCUACGAUAAUACUGAGAUAACGACUUCACAGAAGAAUGUACAUGCACCUUAUUUUGUGUCAAGAUGUGCAAAACUGGUUACUAAUAGUUAACACUUUCUGUAUUGGUUCCUGACUAGUAAUGACCAGAAGAAAAAGUCAGCUGUGGCCAAUCACAUUUACUGACUGUCCAUCAUCUGUGUGCGUGUGCGUGUGCGUGUGUGUGUGUGUGUGUGUGUGUGUGUGUGUGUGUGUGUGUGUGUGUGUGUGUGCGUGUGUGUGUGUGUGUGUGUGUGUGUGUGUGUGUGUGUGUGUGCAGUUUGUGUCGCCUGAGUAAACUGUUUACAGGAUAAAGAGGUUCAGCAUGUACUGAAAAAGUGCUUUGGAAAUGUAAAUAUUGCACAUUUGUGGUUGGAUUCAUAAUUUUGCUCUUGGAGAAGAGACAAAACAACUCAUGAACUACUCAACGUUGUGUAUAAGUUUGCUACUGUACUUGAUAUCAGUGCUUUAUAAAUGUCUCUUUUUACAUCUAAUGUUGCAUCUGUUACUAAAGCACUUAGACAAAUCAUGCUCUUUUAUAACUAACAUGUCUACUGGAAUGUUAAACUAUUUGAAAAGUCUUGCCGUAUUGCAAUUAUCCAACUCUACCUGCUCUGUUACUUCACCUUUAUGUUGGAUUGAAGUGAAGUUUUGCUCCUCUUAGCCAUACACAAAUUCCACUUGUGCGCAAAACUUGAACAUCAUUGAAUAUUUCACAUGGGGAUAAUUUAGAAACAAAAGAUUUUUUACACAAUCAUUUUUUACAUAGAUGUAAAUGUAAAAGGAGUUUUCUUUACCCAAAUAUACUUUUAAUGUCGACCUUUAACUUGAUUGGUACUGUAAGUUUCACAAAUAUUGUUCAAUUCAGAAUUUAUUUUGUUUUAAGAUUCAAAAAUGCCACACAUCCUUAGGAGGAAACCUAAUUUUAGUUUAGUUUAUAGAAAAUAAUAUCAUACUAAAGAUUUUAACUUUAACCUAACUGAGAAUGUCUGACUUCCAGCAGGUUGUAAAUAAGAGCAGCUUCCCUGGUAAUUGAAUGUCCAUGCAGUGUUGUUAAGUUCUGUUUUAGUGAACUGAAAAGAAAAAAUAACUUCAAAUAUGCGUUUUUAUAUACCUGAUUGCUUGCUAUAUCAUGUCUCUUACACUGUCGGAGAGUUUCACGUGGUCUUUGAUUUUCAUUUGCUUUCCCCACUGUACUGUAGAGUCAUUGCACUGUUAGCCUAUAGAAAAUGACAGAUUUUAAAGUAUAAUCUUAAAUAGAAGAGAAAUUGCCUCUUCAGAUGUUCUCCCUCUAAAAAAAAAAAAAAGGUAACCUGCGGCCUGCCCUGUAAAUCUCUUCACUGUGGAGUAAGGUCGCUGUUGCCUCCUCUGUCAUGAUGGAAAGAGCAGGCUGUGAUUUGUAAAAAUUAUGAGGUGAAGGAAAACUCCUCCAAAAUGGCUUCCAUGUCUCACACAGUGGCCUAUUAGGAAUUCAAAUGCUGCUCCACCAAAGCUGUUGAUGUGAAUCUCUGAAAAAUGCACUGACUAUAUUACCCCUGUAUGAAUAUGCCAAACUUUUAAAAAACAAAUUGAUUAAGAAAGUCACUGCCUUACGCCCUCUUAUCUUGAAAAGCUGGGCUUUUGUUGAUAUGCCAAACCUGAAGGAUUUCUGUUUUUAUUCCUGUAUAUCUAACGUUGUGUAACCAUGAGUGGACUAAAUGUUUGAAGGCUAUGAAGAUUGUAUAGUAUGUUCAGUCGUUGUAUAGAUUGAAUUAAAAAAAAAGAUGAAAAUUA